ACCCCUCUGCCUGGACAUGGAAUGCUCUAGCGAGCUGGAGUGAGGAUCAGACCUGUGGUUGUGAUGUCACAGAACACAGGAAGUCAGAGGUCUGAUGGAGACGAAUGGACAGAAGCAGCACUGGCCCUGCAGGGCAGCACUCCUGGUUGCCAUCCUGCUGGUGUUGCUGGUGCUGCUGUGGGUGAAGAUGGAGAAGACUCAGCUCAGCAACCCAGGCCCAGGGCAGAGGAGCCUGCAAGGGAAGACGCCCCCUGCGGAGCAGGGCCAGGGGCAGUACGACAAGCACUUCAUGGCCUCUUCGGUGGGUGAGAAGCAGCAUUUGAUGGACAAGGCCCGGCAUGAGGAGAACUUCACCUCGGAAGCAGCAGCUAUCCAAGAUCACCUUUUCGAUCUCGCUCUCUGCUUGAACCUGGCCAGCCUCAUGGUUUUUUUAUGAGGGAUGUUGAGGUUGAGGCAGUGGCCUGGCUCCUGGAAGAGGAAGACCUGGACAUUUACCUUCGCUUCUUGAUCGCAUACUGACCUCCUCUCUCCACUGGGCUCCAGGCCACAGCUCCCCAGAAAGAUGCCCACACCGCUCCUUGCACACUGCUCCCUGCUCUUGCAGAGGCACCUGCCCGUAGGGUGCAGUUCAGAGGCUUUACCACCAUGGCUUCUACCUGAUGCCACCCCGAGCCCGAAGCUUUGUGUUCCAGGUCCAGAGAUGUCAGACCCACGCCCUUCUCCCUCCUGUACCUCCCCUGAUUUUGUCCAGUGUAGCAGAUUGGUGGAAGGAGCCCUGACAAUAAAAUACUAAUAAAAUCCUGAAAACAA